UGUGCAAGAGCACAUCUCUAUCUUUAUUACACCAUGGUUACAGCUUGCUUCUCUCAAAACUCUAAAUUCUGUCAUUUGUGAAUCAACAAUUAACAAAACAUGAGAGAAAUGGUGAAAAAAGUGGAAAGGUAGAAUUGAACGGAGGAUGCCGGCUGGAAAGAGAGAUAGAAGAAUGAUAAAUCUUGUAGCGAGCAAUAAAUUAUCAUUCAAAGAAUGCUUUUGUGUUUUGAAACACGUACGACGCGAAGAAUAAUAAUUUAACGGAGUAAUCCUCCAAUUCUAAUUCUAAUUUCAGAAAUGGCCCUAAACACAUCGUCAUGGCUGAAUCAAUGCUUCGUGGAGAAGAUUCUGCGAAAAUCGGAAGGCGACGAUUCGAUUCAAGUGAUCGAUGUAUUUUCGAAUCGGGGCUCAAACAAGGGUGACAACUUUAAUUGCGAUAUUGUCAGGAUUACUGCUGAAUUUUUGCGUGAAGAAAGCGGCCGUAAGAUUGUAGAAAAGAAAUCAAUCAUCGUUAAAGUUUCGCCCACAAUCGAAAGUGUUCGAUACAAUAUUCUCAUACAAUCAGCUUUCUUUCAUACCGAGGUAUCGAUGAUGUUAAAUACUUUGGAUAAAAUGAAUAAAUUAUUAAGUCCAGAGCACUGUUUAAGUGGGAAAGGUUUAUACGUGCAAAAUGAGAACCCAAUACUUCUGGUGAUCGAAGAUCUCAUACCUCUCGGCUUUCGCAUGGUCGAUCUGUCUGCACUCGACUUAGCUCAUUCCAUAUUGGUGCUUCACGGACUAGCUAGGUUUCAUGCAGCCUCAGUAGCCAUAUGCGAAAAGGUAAAUCAUCUUGAUUGA